UCGGCCGGGCUGCGGGGCCAGAAAUGGGGUAGGCUGCGCUUCUUAUAAGGCGAGUGCCCGAACCGCUGACGUCUUUCGAAUUGGAGGCAGCGUCUCGGAGCGCGGUGGGUUGGCGUCGUUCGCGUUCGGUGGAGAGAGUACAAAUGUUUUAUUUGAAGAAAAAAAAUUGAAUUUGAGGCAUGUGAAAAGUACUUAAGGUUCCACUACAUUGAAAUCUUGCCACCUUCCUCCUCGAUUGCACUCUUGGACCAAAAACUGCAGUUUUUUAAAAAAAGAAACGUAACCCAACCCAUGUCCAAAAAACCGCAAAGAUUUCUUGAUCCUGAUACAAACCCCUGUUUGCCGGAAUCAGAUGCUUCUAACAAAUGUCUGAUCAAGACUAACUAUAGUAAGGAUAUGUGUGCCCCGUGUUUUCUUAGGUACAGAAACUGUAGAAUAUUUUGGAGCAAGAUCAUGGCACAGAGAAGAAGAGAUGGAAUUCAGCCAGCUAUGCCUACAGCAGAAGAGAGAGAAAAUAUCCUGGCAUCAAUUGGAAAAAUGCCAUACUGAUAUUGCUGUGUUGCUGCAUCAGAAUAUUCAGUGGUUUUUAUUGUUAAAAAGUACUUCCUGAAGAAUGUUUAAAACUACUAUUAUGGUAGGUAUUUGUUUUGUUGCUGUCAUCUUGAACAUCUCUGUACGAUAGCCUUCUUAACUUACAGUUUAGGUUAUUACUCUAUAAGGUGAUCUUCAUUCCACCCAAAAUAAAAAUCUGAGGAUUGAUGACUAUCUGUAGAGAAAUGUACAUGACAUCUGAAUAAGAAAUUGAAUUUUUAUGGCCUUUGUCUGUUUAUAACAUAAAUAUUCAAAAUGUAGAGUCCAGCAACAUUGCAAAGGGUAUGUUUUCAGAAAUGCUAUUGGUUUUAAAAAGCUGAGACGCCACAUUUGGCAAAGUAUGUUGAUCCUUUUUUAUGUUGAAAAAGAGUAGAUCAUUGGGCUUGUAUAUAGUAAGUCAUUUUUGCCAUUCAGCUGAAAGAAGUGCUGAAAGAAAAGGCAUUAGUACUUGCUGGUGUGGUGUUUUUCUAUACAGUCCUGCAGACCAAUCCACUGAUAUCUUUGCUAUCAUAUUAGAUAAUGAUAAAUAAUAAAAACUACUAUGUU